GUGUGACAGUUUCUUAUUGUUUUGUGGUCAAAGAGUGAUCAAAUACAUGUAUGUAAUUUAGAAAGAAGAUUCAAAGAGGAGUGACAAAGAUACUGUUAUUGGUGACACCUGUGAUGGAUAAAAUUGAUUUCAGGCCUAACAUGAAUGAAUUGUGGAUGCAGUUGAAGACACUGCACCAGAACUUGAUGUCUGGAAACCACUGUGUAAGCACAAGUACAUUAGCAAGGCUUGCAGAUGUAAUAAAACAAACACUGACAUUGGAUGAUGGACCAUGUAGUAACAUCCCUGAAUUGUGUACACACUGUCACAAGCUUCUGAUGCUGACCAAUGUGACGAUGAUGUUUGAUAAUGAUGCUAUCAGAGAGAAUAAACACUCCUCUCUUCAGUGUGACCUGAUGGGUUCUCCAAGUACAGACAAAGAUUGGACUAUCAAACAUCAAGACCAGGGAAGAGAUGAGUCUUCUGGAGCUCAAAAACAAACACUGGAUGUAGCUGCUAAUCAGAGCACAGACAGAGAUUGGACUCCCAAGCACCAAGACGAGGGAGAAGAUCCGUCAGCUGGAUCUCCAGGACAAGGAGCAGAUGGACCUAAAGCUGCUGAUCAUCUCAGCUGGAGAAAGUAUCUGAUAAACUCUGUUGGAAUAGAAAAUCUGAUCUGUUCAUUGCUGUGUCUGUUAAAAAGCAGUGACAAGUUCAUACGGUAUGGAGCAGCCAAGGCAAUACUGUCUGGUUUCAAAGCCGACUCAUUUCACGGUCAUGAAGAAAAAUUACUUGCAUCCAUCCUGAGGGAUUUAACAUCUGACAACUCACCCCAGCCCAUUGCAAGUCUUGAUGUUCUCAAAUGUCUGAUGUCACGCAAAUCAGGUCGUCAUGUAAACCAGCUUACAGCAGCUAGUUUAAAGGCUUACUUCAACCAGUUGUGUAGUGUCUUCUGGGAAAAGGGAAUCAGAAGGUUAUCUUCUGGCGUUAAACUGGAUACCGAUUCUGAAGCCAUAUUGAAGACUGAUUCAGGAGUCAAACUAAAUACUGAUUCUGAAGUCAAAUUGAACACUGAUUCUGAAGUAGAACUGAAUCCUGAUUCAGAAGUGAUACUGAAUACCAGAAGUCCUAGUUCUGGAGUCAGAUUAGCCUUCUUGUGUGUUCUACAGAAAAUAAUCAAAUAUCUAAAUAACCAGGAUGAAUCUGUCAAACAGACUGAGCUUAACAUCAUCUUGCCAUUUGUUUCUAACAGUCUUGUCGCUUUUCUUUUUGAUCAAAAAUAUUUUGGUACGGAAACUCCUAGCAAAAACCUUAGUGAUCUCCCUUUACUUCAGAGAUCUAGCAAAAGUACAUCUGAAGUGGACAAAAGCUGCAGUGAUGGUUUCAGUUACAGCACUGAAAGCCAAUCUAUGUCAAAAUCUGAUGCAGUGAUAACUAUAUAUUCAAGACUUGUAUACAAAAAAAGUUUAGAUAUUUUCAAUACUAUUUUGUGUUAUGGUCAUGACCUAUCUAAAAAAAAGUGUCUCACAGAGAUUCAUCACAUCUACGUGACCCUGAGUGUAAAGGUUUUGUCGGUGGUUUCUGAAAGAGGUCUCAGCCGUGUUCCUUAUACAUCACAGUUUGUUGGUUUUGGAGGAACACAAUUUGAGAGUGAAGAUUUAGCUGGUGAUUACAUGCAGCAUGGGGACUCCGCCUUGCUUAGAAAACUGUUCCUGCUUCUGUUCAAAAUGUGUGCAGUUUCCAGGAAGUCAAGGCAGGAAGAACUGAAAGGAAGCAUGUGCCUACAAAUGGUGACAGCCAACAUGCAUGUAAUCAAUAAGUUCGUCUUGGAUCACCUGUCAGUGAACUGUGGUGACACCAGUAACAUGAGCUGGCUGCCGGUGGUCUUCUGUGAUCAAGACGAUGCCUGGAUUGAGACUCUACUCUGUCUACUUGAUAUUUACCUGUCUCUUCCAAGAAAUGGUGAUGCAGAUAUCGCCUUGGUAACCACUCUCAAUCCACACAAACUGUUUUUGCAAUUUCUUGACUCAACAACCAAUGAUCAUACAGUAUUAGUUGACCUCUUGACCUCUCCCGAGACCUGCUUCCUCCUGUAUCUGAUAAGGUAUCUCAAGUGUGUUUUAACAGAGUGGGACAUGUUUGUUAGAGUCUGUCACAGGACAUACUGCAAUCUUAAACACCGUAACAAACAGUGUCAUGAAAGAUUAACACAGCAAAACUACUGCACUUCUAAACAUGAGAGUCAAGAACAUCCAGUAACAGUGACCCUUGAUUGUCGCUGUAUUUCUGAACACCAGAGCCAUGAAGUACCACAAAUAGAAAGGCUUGCUCAUGACAGUUCCUAUAUUCCUGAUCAGAGCAAAGAGUCACCUAAACAAGACGAUCCCUAUAGUCCUGAUCAUCAGAGCAAUGAACUACAGGAAAGGCUGACUCAUGACAGUCCCUAUAUUUCUGUUCAGAGCAAUGAGCUACCUGAAAAACUGAUGCAGAACAAUUUCUGUAAUCCUGAUCAUCAAAGCAAUGAGCUACUUGAAAGACUGACUCCAGCAAAUAAGAAAGAAAACAUCUUGUUACGUCAUGAUAGUUCCGGAUCUGAUGAUGAUGACACACUCUUGACAACAAUUCCAUCAGAACAAGUAAAAGGGAGGCCCUUGAAGAGGAAAGCUAAUGAGUCUUCUCCAAACAAUUCUGAAGACCAAAUUAAAUCUUCUGAGGAGUUCUUGAGGACCAUAGAUGGGCAGACGGGGACCAGUAGAAAUGUUGAUCAAACCAUAGCUUCAAAUGUAGAUGUGAAAAGUCCAGGCUUUAAAAACACAUCUCAAUGUUGGAAGAAAAAAUAUAAAAUGAUAAAAUCUUUGCCAGUGACAUCUCCUGAUGGAUUAAGUUCACUGGCAUUGUCUUACAGUGAGAAAAAUGAUGAUAGUGAUGAAGAAGAUGAUGAACUUGAACAAAAAUCUACAGAUGGCCCUCAAAAGCAAAUAUGUUGUAUAAAGAUCAAGCAUAAAGAUACAGAUAGCAAAUCUUUUGUCCUUGUGGCUUAUGAUGAUGAUGAUGAUAAUAAUGAUGAAGUGCAGACUGAGGACUCUUUUGAAGCAGAUAGUGAUGACCAAAGUAAUGGGCUUAAUUCUAAAAUGGAACAUGACAGUAAAUGUCACUGGUCUUGUGUCGAUCAGGUUUUGGCUACCUUCAUCAGAAUGAGAAUGAAAAUCACAAAACUGUAUCAUCACGAUCUCUUUCCUUACAAGCCUCGACCACUUCUGACAGUUCUGCAGCAAUGUGAGGACAGAUACGAACUCAUGUCACAUGACACCCAAUAAACAUUUUUAUAUAAACUCAGGUCAUAAGGCAGUAUUACUAUGGCAUGAGUUCAUACAAAAUGUUUUAUAUGAACUUGGGUCACACCACAGCUAAUAGAGACAGACAGAUGUUAAUUUGUGUUUGGUACAUUAUAAAUUUCAUUUGGAAUAUUUGGCUAAAAUAAAACAACUGAUGACCA